CAUGCAACCUAACACAAGCAGACAUUUACAUACACACGCGCGCGCACACGCACACGUACACGCACCUUUUCAAGAAGGAAACGAAACCCUUGAAAAAAAGUACAACGACGCAAUGGCUCCCCCUACCGCCAUCUCCCCCGUCAGUGACUAUGCCGUGCCCUACACCGCCGGCAAGACCACCAAGCCGGCGCCGGAGCGCGUCGUCGCCACAAAGGUCGACGAUCUCCUCGGCAAGUGGGAGACCUUCACCUUCGCCCCGAUCCGCGAGAGCCAGGUGUCGCGCGCCAUGACACGCCGCUACUUCGCCGACCUCGACACGUACGCCGAGUCGGACGUCGUCAUCGUCGGUGCCGGCUCGUGCGGCCUCAGCACGGCGUACGUGCUCGCCAAGACGCGCCCCGACCUCAAGAUCGCCAUCGUCGAGGCCGGUGUCGCCCCGGGAGGCGGCGCUUGGCUCGGCGGUCAGCUCUUCUCGGCCAUGGUCAUGCGCAAGCCGGCCGACGUGUUCCUCGACGAGGUCGGCGUCCCCUACGAGGACGAGGGCGACUUCGUCGUUGUCAAGCACGCGGCGCUCUUCACGUCGACCGUCAUGAGCCGGGUGCUGCAGUUCCCCAACGUCAAGCUCUUCAACGCGACAACGGUCGAGGACCUCAUCACGCGCAAGAACGCGGACGGCACGCUGCGGGUGGCGGGCGUCGUGACCAACUGGACGCUCGUGUCGAUGCACCACGACGACCAGUCGUGCAUGGACCCCAACACCAUCAACGCGCCGCUCGUCAUCUCGACGACGGGCCACGACGGCCCGUUCGGCGCCUUCUGCGUCAAACGCCUCGUGAGCAUGAAGCAGAUCGAGCAGCUGGGCGGCAUGCGCGGCCUGGACAUGCAGGCCGCCGAGGACGCCAUCGUCAAGGGCACGAGGGAGAUUGUCCCGGGUCUGAUCGUCGGCGGCAUGGAGCUGUCCGAGGUCGACGGCGCCAACCGCAUGGGUCCCACCUUUGGUGCCAUGGCCCUUUCCGGAGUCAAGGCUGCCGAGGAGGCGUUGGCGAUCAUCGACGCCCGCAAGAAGGAGAACGAGCUCUAGACGCCGGCCCGAGUGGUUUCGUCUUGAAUGUUAUGUCGCUUAAGGGUCUGUCCCGUAACGUUAUGGAUAUAUACGUGUGUUUGAAGGGCACGUCGCUCAUUAAAGGUAGGUUUUUGUUUUUUGUUUUUGUUCACGGUUU